GAAAGCAAGACAAAAUUUUCAAUAAUAUUCGUAUAUGGAUAGAAUUAUAGAAUUAUUUUAAGCAUUUUUAUUAUUUUCUACGUUAAUUUCAGAGCAUACAAAAGCAGCAAAAAGAACAGCUAAAAAGACACGUAAUUUGUUCAACUAAAUUUAUUCGCUUUUUUUCUCAAAAAUUGACAUUAUUUUUGUGUAAUUUCACUUUUGUUUUCCCGUUUCUUUCGUGCGUUGCCAACCUACAGAAAAUUACUAGCUUGACUUAUUUUUGUUUUUAUUUCACAUUUUACCAUUAUUUUAUAGGUUAUUUCAAUCACUUCUGAGCAAAUUUGUUACCAUUUUAUAUACUUUGGAUUUUCUUCUAAUACACUGAAUGUCCAAAAUAUAGUGUAUAAAAUACGCAUUUAAAACGCGGACUAUUCCUUUUGCGUUCAUUUUGAUAUAGGAGCAAAAUUCGCUGUAUUCCGCUCUGAAUUAAAUUUAAAAUUGUGAUAUUUUAUUUUCUGUUCCCUGUUCUUUAUUUUAGAAAAUUUCCCAUUUUAUUUCUGCAGCUGCAACUAAACCAAAUUAUUCGUGCUCGAAGCUGCUUUAAUAUACAGUUUUUUCAUUCCAUAUUUUGAAUAAAUUUACUUAUUUUUUCACGUUGCUUACCUAAAAUCUGCGUUAUAAAAUUACAAAAAAAGCGCACACUUACACCGCGCCGUGAAAUCUUAUUUGGUCAUCAAUGGGUCUGAAAAAAUGCAGAAACUGCAACUUGAUGCACCCGAGCGCGAAGCGAACUUGUAGUUGUGGAUACCAAUUCGAAAUAAAAUCGAAAAAAGUAUACGGGGCCCCCUCUACGAAUUACAAUGAACUGAUUAUGCAACAACAGCAUGUUUUGAAACAGUUAACAGCGCAGCGCCCUCUAUCGGCCAGUGCGUGUGCUGCAGUUGCCAAUUUGAUACAAGUGACGUCAGCGGCGAUUUCAGCCAAUGAGAAUCAAGCUGGUUUGAUGAUGGAUGAAGGCGGGAACCAAUUAGAGGGAACUGACAUGUCAAUGAAUGGGUCUUCGGGGUCCAUGCUUGCUGACGAUGACGACGUCGAAGAUGAUGACAACAAUACCAUGAUGAUCAAACCAGAGUUCGCUAACUUCGGAAAGGACAAUAACUUGUUCGACAAUCAAUCAUCUCAAGACACGUUCAAGGUCGAGUCGGCGGGGGGCGAGGAGCAGGAGAACCAUGGGGGUCUGGAUAUUUCUGCGAGUUCCAGUAGUCACCCUGUGGAUUUAUCCUCGGGCGAAAAGUGCAGUCAGGAAACGGUGGAGAAUUUCAUGAAACUAGUCCAGGGCGAGAACGAGAGUAACAGUGGUGGUUUUGACGGAGACACCGUGACAGUCAUGCAACAGCCGAUAACAUCUUCUGUCCCAACUCAAAGAGGGGCCGAGGAUUUUGUGGGUGGGGGCAUGGAUGUGUUUGGAAGACAGAUUGGUAGUCCCAAUUUAGGGGCGCCCAAAAAACGCGGGAGGCCACCGGGAUCGAACUGGCUGCGCCAACAGAGGGAUUUCAUGGCACUGCAAGCUUCGCUUUCAAACUGCGACGGUGACUCCAUGCUUCCAACUAUGGUCCCACCCACCUCACGACCUUCAGGACCCUCGACCGGUUCAACUAUGGACCAAAGGUCAAACGGUGUUCACGGGAACAGUGGCGUCGGUCUACCUUUUGGCUCUGGAAUCCGCAAACUGACCGCGGCUGGCAACUUUCCGAGACCGAGGGGGCGUCCGAGGGGGAGUUUCAGCAGUGUGCGGCGACUAUCGACUGCGCGGGAGUACCUCGAGUUCACAAGAGCCUACCACCAGUUGCGAAAUCAGAUGAAGUUCGCUAACAGGAUGAGACUUCCGGCUGACUACAAGUCUUCGGUGAAUAGUGCAGCUUCUGCUUUGGGAUCCUCGACUUCGACAAAUGUCACUGUUCCUAACUUCUCUGUCGGCGAUGCUCCCACCAGCUUGCAAACUGCGCCCACAGAGCUAUCGCCCGGAAUCAGCGGGGGCGGCUGCGGGACGCUGCCGACCUCCAACUCCGACGACUGUGGCACCGAAGAUAUAAUGAUGAGCGAGGGAAAUUCGCCGAUGAUGGAAUCUCUCGGAUCCCCGCAGUCGGUGCUCUUGGACGUCGCCGGUCAAGCUUAUUACACUUCAAUGGCAAGUUUGAACAAAUUUCCCAACUCGAAUCUGUUUAAGUUGACCUUGGGAAGCGAAGACAGUGGUGAUGUGAGCGAGAGAGGGAGGCUGAGUUAUUUUAUCGACCGAGACCCGACUGUGUUUGAACACAUUCUGAACUACGUCAGGAGUGACCGCUUGUGUUUACCGUCAGAUUUUAAAAAUUUCGAGCUUCUUCAAAUAGAAGCAACGUUCUACGACAUUCCUGGACUAAUAUCUGAGGUCGAGCGCCAUAGACAUAAAUCUGGGAGAAUUGAAACAACUAAAAGGGAAUACAGCGAGUCACAUUACAUCUUAAUGGAAGUUUCCAGAACUUCAAAGGCAAUCGAAAUCAGUGGCGCAAAGAAAACGAUUGACUCAAUUUUCAACAUAAACUCCAAUUUAGCUGUCGGCGCAACAAACUGUCUUUAUUACCAACAACUUCGGCUUUCAGAGUCGGUAAAAAACUUAGCACCGGCAGAAGCUGUGGAUAAAAUUUUGGGGACAGGAGCCUUCAAGAUUUUCAAAGUGUCGACAAUCACGAUAGAAAAUGAGCCAACCACAAGCUACCAUUUUGUUGUCCAAUAAAAACUCAGCAACUGCAACCACUUGAAGCUAAGUUUUGAGUAACUUUGUGCUCUCCAAACAAGCUAGAUAUUGCUAAGAAAAGCAUGAAUCUUUUGAAAACUAGUUUCAUAAUCAUAUUCAAGAGUUUCUUGUUUGUUAAACAAACGAUAUUUAAACUGAUAUGUACGUGUAUUUUUUGUGUCCAAUAGUCACUGCAAUAUUUUCAUUACGAAUUUGAACUUUG